UCAGGACUGCACCCUCCCGGGAGCAUGGCCAGCCCGCCACUGAACGGGCUCCUGACCCCGGCGAAUUCCUCCAGCGGAGGAGGAGGCGGCGGCAGUGGUGGCGGCAGUGGCGGCGGCACCAACCUGAACAACAACAACAACAACAACAACCACAGCGUGCGGAAGUGCGGCUACCUGAGGAAGCAAAAACACGGGCACAAACGCUUUUUCGUGCUCCGGGGCCCUGGGGGUGGCGGGGAAGAGCAGAGCGGUGGGGGGCCUGGGGGGCAGCCACCCCUGCCCGCGAGGCUGGAGUACUACGAGAAUGAGAAAAAGUGGAAAAACAAGUCGGGGGCCCCGAAAAGGGUGAUCGCCCUAGACUCCUGCCUCAACAUCAACAAGCGGGCGGACGCCAAGCACAAGUAUCUGAUCGCCCUCUAUACCAAGGACGAGUACUUCGCUGUGGCAGCCGAAAAUGAGCAGGAGCAGGAGGGCUGGUACCGGGCGCUCACCGACCUGCUCAACGAGGGCAAAGCCGCUUAUGAUUCCAGCACGCUCUACCCGCACUGCCUCUCGUCCGGCGCCUCGUCGGCCAGCGCCUCGUCCUGCAGCGCCUCCCUGCCUGGCUCGGGCGGCAGCGGCUCUUUUGGGGCAGCGGCCGAGGACCUCCACUAUGGGCUGAUCACCCCGGCCACCGCGGCUUACCGGGAGGUCUGGCAGGUGAACCUGAAGCCCAAAGGGCUGGGACAGAGCAAGAACCUGACCGGGGUGUACCGGCUCUGCCUCUCCGCACGCACCAUUGGUUUUGUGAAGCUCAACUGCGAGGUGCCGUCGGUCACUCUGCAGCUGAUGAACAUCCGACGCUGCGGCCACUCGGACAGCUUCUUCUUCAUCGAGGUAGGGCGCUCGGCGUCCACGGGCCCUGGCGAGCUCUGGAUGCAGGCAGAUGACUCAGUGGUGGCCCAGAACAUCCACGAAACCAUCCUGGAGGCCAUGAAAGCUCUGAAGGAGCUGUUCGAAUUCCGACCCCGCAGCAAGAGCCAGUCCUCGGGCUCCUCUUCCACCCACCCCAUCAGCGUCCCGGGCACCCGGCGUCAUCACCACCAUCAUUUGGUCAACCUGCCACCCAGCCAGACUGGGCUCCUUCGCCGAUCCCGGACCGACAGCCUGGCCGCCACGCCUCCCGCCGCGAGUAACCCCAUUGCGACCCAGGCCCCAGGAGCUGGGAAGUGCAGCUCUUGUAGGGUACGCACGGCCAGCGAGGGGGAUGGCAGCAGCGGGAGCGGAGGAGGGGCGGGCUGCAGGCCGGUGUCAGUGGCCGGCAGCCCCAUGAGUCCCGGCCCGGUGAGGACUCCCCUGAGCAGGUCCCAUACUCUGAGCAGCAGCUGCAGCGCCUCCAUGCGACCUAAUAAGAUGAUGUUAGCCCCUGCAGGAGGCUCCCUGCAGCACAGCAGAUCCACGUCUAUGCCGGUAUCCCAUUCGCCUCCGUCUGCCACCAGCCCUGGCAGCCUGUCCUCCAGCAGCGGGAAUGGCUCAGCUUCUUACUCCUUGCCUCAAGGACAGCAUCCACAUCCACACCACCUUCACCUCCACCAGGGCCAGCGGCCCUCUAGUGGCAGUGCUUCUGCUUCUGGCUCCCCCAGUGACCCAGGCUUCAUGUCCUUGGAUGAAUAUGGCUCUAGCCCUGGGGACCUGCGGGCCUUCUGCAGUAACCGAAGCAACACUCCUGAGUCUAUAGCUGAGACCCCACCAGCAAGAGAUGGUAGUGGGACUGAACUAUAUGGAUACAUGACCAUGGAGAGACCCCUGAGUCUGUGUGGCCGAAACUACCGAAGGGUGUCCGGGGAGGGGGCCUCAGACUUGGACAAAGGUCACAGAAAGAGGACUUACUCUCUGACCACUCCUGCUCGCCAACGUGCAGUACCCCAGGUGUCCUCUGCCUCUCUUGAUGAAUAUACUCUGAUGCGGGCCAGUUUUGCAGGCAGCUCAAGCCGCCUUUACCCAGCCUCAUCUCCCAAAGUGACCUACAACCCAUACCCAGAGGACUAUGGGGACAUUGAGAUUGGCUCCCACCGGAGCUCCAGCAGUAACCUUGGAGCAGAUGAUGGCUACAUGCCCAUGACUCCUGGAGUGGCCCCACUGGCAGGGGGCAGCAUUGGAAGCUGCAAAAGUGAUGACUACAUGCCCAUGAGUCCCACCAGCGUCUCUGCUCCCAAACAGAUACUACAGCCACGGAUGGCAGCAGCCUCCCUUGCUGCAGGUGCAGCCUCCCAGGCAGCCUCAUCAGCAACAAGCGGUAGAGGCUCUCCACUGAAUGGCAGCAGCUUCAAGACCAGUUCUCCAGCUGAAAGCUCUCCUGAGGACAGUGGGUACAUGCGCAUGUGGUGCGGGUCCAAGCUGUCGGUGGAAAGCUCUGAGGGCAAGCUACUUCCCAAUGGGGAUUACCUUAACAUGUCCCCUAGUGAUGCUGGAGCUUCUCUCACCCCACCUGACUUCUUCUAUGACUCAGUCCCCUUGCCUGGUGGUGGAGAACGACCCAAGGGAAUCCCAGGCUGCUGUUACAGCUCACUGCCCCGGUCCUACAAGACUCCCUGUCCUCGAAAUGGGGAUAGUGACCAGUAUGUCUUCAUGAAUUCUCCAGUGGGGAGGAGGAUUGUGGAAGAGGAGCAAGAGCAGCCGAGGCUGCAGCCACUGCCCGCCACGGCUACCCCCUGCACCCAGACCACCAGGCCCUUUGUGUCUAACGGGGACAGCCACUCCCAGCCUCACCACCUAGUGCCUUCAGCAGUUAGGCAGAGUGGCAGUAGCAGUGGCAACAACAGCCGGCCAGAGAGUUUCCUCAUUCAGCGUUGCAGAGCAGUCCGGCCAACUCGUCUGUCCCUGGAGGGGCUUAGAACCCUACCUAGCAUGCAUGAGUACCCUCUGCCACCUGAGCCCAAAAGCCCAGGUGAGUACAUCAACAUUGACUUUAGUGAGUCUGGAGCCCACCUCUCACCACCUCCACCUCCUCUGCUGACCUCAGCAGCCUCAUCAUCAUCGCUACUCUCAGCUAGCAGCCCCGCCUCUUCGAUGGGCUCAGGUACCCCUGGCACCAGUGGUGACAGCCGGAGGCGUUCUCCUCUCUCUGAUUAUAUGAACCUUGGCUUUGGCUCACCCAAGUCACCCAAAUCUGGCACUGAGGGUGGUGGCUCUGUGGGCUCUUUGGAUGCCUUGAUGUCCCCUGAGGCCUCCUCGCCCUGCCCACCACUGCCAACACCACCUGCCUCCUCCUCUACUUCUUCCUCACAGCAGCAGCAACUACCACCUCCACCACCACCGGGAGAGCUAUACCGCCUGCCUCCAGCUUCUUCUACCUGCCACCCAGCCCCUGUUUCUUCCUCCUCUCCGUCUUGUCCCCCUGAGUCAGGGGAUAGUGGUGACUACACCGAGAUGGCCUUCGGCAUAGCUGCCACUCCACCACAGCCCAUUGCAGCCCCUCCGAAGCCAGAAAGUGCCCGGGUGACCAGCCCUACAUCUGGUGUGAAGCGGCUGAGUUUGAUGGAGCAGGUGUCUGGUGUAGAGGCCUUCCUGCUGGCCAGCCCACCCCCAGACCCACACCGGGGUGCCAAGGUCAUCCGUGCUGACCCACAGGGUGGCCGCCGACGCCACAGCUCGGAAACCUUUUCCUCGACCACUACUGUGACCCCUGUGUCCCCGUCCUUCGCACACAAUCCUAAGCGCCACAACUCGGCCUCUGUGGAAAAUGUCUCUCUCAGGAAAAGUGGCGAAGGGCCCAGUGGCAGUGGUGGUGAGAGUCUUGGAGGAGGUGAAGAAGAGCCGUCUAUGUCUCCCCACCUUCAGCAGCCUUCGCUCCCUCUGCCACCUCAGCCCCAGCAGCUGAGGUGGACCCAAAACCAAUCUGGAGCGUUAGUCGGUUGCCCUGGGGGCAGUACCUCUCCUAUGUGUCGGGAGACAUCAGCAGGCUUCCAGAAUGGUCUCAACUACAUUGCCAUUGAUGUUAGAGAUGAAGCUGGCCUAUUGUUGCAGCAGCAGCAGCAGUCUGGAGACAAGAAUACUUGGGCCCGGACCCGUGGCCUGGGUGGGCUCAUCAAUGGUGGAAAUGGCAGCAACACAGGUGGUUGUGUGGGACCAGGCUCUGGACCCUUGCCCACAGCCAACACCUAUGCUAGCAUUGACUUUAUGUCCCAUCAUCUGAAGGAGGCUACAGCUGUGAAAGAUAUCUAUGAAAUAUCCAGGAAAGUCUCCUUUCCUUCAUGUGCAAAGGAGGGUAUGCUGCCACUGUCAGUCCCUACUGUUUAUAAUGCUUCCUGCAUUGAAAAAUCACUGCCACUCAGCGCAGUUCCUUCCACUACUGUGACAGUAGUUGGAGAAGGGAAAUCUGAUUUGACUGGGCAGCCCUGAAUCAUGAACCCAUAGGGGAAUCAGCUGCAGAGUGAAAAAUCUGGCUAGAUCACCAUGACCUCAUACACCGGAGUAUAACAUUAACAACACAAGCUGCUCAGCAUUUGUCAUUUCUUAAUCUGAAGCUGCUUAUGGUUUAUUUUUCUUUUUUGAUCUGGGCAGUUACUUAACUUUUGAGAUGAUAAUAGACUACAUUAAGACAAGGAAUCAUCAAAGAAAGGAAAAUGACCUGCCUCAUUUGUUUCCUGUUUUUGGCAUCUAUCAUCAUGCUGCUGCUUGAGAAAGUUAAUUGAAGAAGCUAUUCUAUAGAAAUCUAGACCUUUUUAGCAAGCCACCUGAAGUGGUGGCCAAUGCCUUCAUUUUCUUCUCCCCUUACUCCUCUUUUCUUUUCUCUCCCCUCCCCAUCCUUAUAAAGACAAACUGUAUUUAUCCCUCAGCAUGCUAGGAGAUUCUGUUAACACCCACUAAAGCAGUAAAAUCUGGUAUUUACUGGUAUACUCUCAAAAUUACCACAGUCCUACCUCAGUUCAAAGUAAAGCCGGAUUUGUAUUGUUGGGGUACGGCAGGACCUCCUUUAUAUGUCUAUGCUGAAUGUUUCUGAAGAAUGGUCAUCAGCCUUAUUGAACUUAUUCAAGUAUGUAGCAGCUUGCUGGAUCUCAGUUCACUAGCUGUAGGGGUUUAUUUAGAGACAGAGAGCCCAAUAUGGAACUGAACAGUCUCAAUAAAUGAAAAUUUUAUGUUGGACUUUGAAGAUGGAUGCAGAAUAGUUAUAAUGUGUAACUAAAGCAACCUAAGUUAAAAAUCAUAAAACUCUAUAGGGGUUGAAGUGGGGGUGGGAUGGGGUGGGAAGGGACUUGGGGAGGGGAUGAGUAUCUCUUUUUACCUUUGACAGACUUGUUUAAUCCUCUCUAUGUAGAUGUUUAUGUAGGUACUUUGAAUUGCAAAAGCCUUUUAUCCUAUUUACAAGCUCAAAUUUCUCUGCUACCCCUAAUAUUGAGCUUGCAUUUCUUAUAACCAAAAAUCCACAUAGGCAUGCUAGCAAUGCAAGGGUGGUCGUGGGUGUUUGGCAGAUAAAAAAAAUGUUAUCUCUAAUACUAUCAUGCCAGCCAAUAUGGCUGCUUUGUACAAAAAGAAAAAUGAGGCAUUCCAGCCACAGACGUUAAGGGAAAAAGAAGAAAAAAUUGCAGUACUUGUCAGUUGUCUAAAAGUCUUGACAAGACUACCCAUGUUUUAUGUUUUCAGUGUUCUGAAAAUACCAGUAUUGUGGCAAAUAUCCCAGAUGUCACAUAGAACUGCUGACCCAGACCAGCAGAAUCUUAUGUCAUCUUGCUGCUCCUUUGAGAAAUUGGAUGGGAGAAUUCACAUGCUUUUUUUCUCCAUGGGUACAACCCCAGUGUCUGCCUUCUGAUAGUCAUGUAUGUAUUACACUAAUUCAGUGUAGAUGUGAAACGUUUGAAAAGUUUCAUGCUACGGGAAAAAUAUAUAUAUUAUUACAUCACUGUAAAAGAAUGCAUUAAUCAAAUGAGGUUUAUUUGAGGAAGACCAAAAAAUUAAAUCUUACAAAUCCAGUUAAUGGCAAUGCAAAAAGUCUUCCUCCUUCCAUGCUGAACUUUUAGAACAGAGGAUUGUAUUACAAGACAAAGAUGAAUGUAAAGUAAUCCCCCUGAACAUUUUUAAGGUUUUAAUUUUCUGGGAUUUCACAAUGCAGCACUGCAUAGGCCAUACAAUACUAGUUUGAAGGUCAAUUUCAGUGUAUAAUAUGCUUUAUUAAAAGGGUGUAAAAUGUUCUAAAAUUUUUAUUUAGUUUCAGAAAUAAGAUGAUGGGUGAUAUUUGCUAUGUAAUUCCCCAACUAAAAUAGCACUGAAUGUGGAACCUGCUGAACACGAUAGUGUAUUGACUUAUAUUUUGAAGUAGUCCUCUGUACUUACAGUAAAGUCAUGCCACUAUAGGAAAUGGUUCAUAUUCACACUGCAACUCUAAAAGCAAACAAACAAAAAAAAAACAAAAAAAAUUGACAAUGUACUAAAUUUUCCUCUAUCCUGUACAUUUCACAAAAGGCAUAUGCAAUAUUUACAUUUUAAUUUAGUUUACAGAAUGGAACCAAAAUGUAUAAAUGUUAUGUUUGCUAAAACUUCACAAUGUAUAUUGGGUCUUUGUACAUUUUGCCUGACUUACCUUAAAUUUAAACUAUUUUUUGCUAUAUAAACUUUAACAGUUAUUAAAAGUGUUUUCUUUUUGGGUACGUAUCGUUUCUGGAUAUCAAGAUGUUAAAUAUAUUUCUUGCUAUUGUGAUAUGACAAGAGACUUAACUUAUCUUGCUCUGUCUUCCAAUGUACACGCUGUAUAUAAGGAUAAAUGUGAUGCUGCUGGAGACAAGAAUUAAUGGAACUAGAAUAGUGCAUUGUAUUUAGUCUGUAUUGAUCAUGGAUGCUCUCCUUAAUAGCCAUAUGCAAUAAAAUAAAAUGCAUUAUUUAUGAAAUGAAGUCUUUGAGGACCUGCUUUCUGUAGGGUUUCUGAGUUGUGAUAUAAAACCACUUUCUCUCUUUUUAGGUAAAUGAAUAAAUAUUAACAUUCUGAAAAUAUUGCAUGCUUUUCCUAUUUUAAUUCUAAUGAGAAAUUUCAAAAAUAUUCUUUUCUUAGAUGUUUUCUUCAAAAUUGUCACAAUAUUAAAUUUUAAGAAAUAAAAAGUGCCCCCCUCCCAAAUAAAUUAGGAAAACCGGUUCCAAAAAUAUAUGUGUAACUUCAGGAAAAAAAAAAGUCAAAUAAUAAUUCCUUUUGACUUGUCAAAGCCAAACAGAAGUACUAAUGAAAAUCUGCCUGUUAAAUAGAAAUAUUUAGCAAUGAUUUAUGGAUAACAAAGGCCUUUGGAUUUUUAUUCUUGUCCCAUUUUCACUUUAAUUAAAAUCAUGUGAUCCGGGCAUCUGCAAAUCAUGAAACCAUUGUGGCUGCCACUGGUUU